GACAGGAGACCAAUAUACAAAGGAGUUGGAAGCUCAGGAGAAGUAGUUUACUUGGAAACUGUGAUGCAUGUUGUGUGUGUACGCACAACUAGUCCAAAUUCUUUAAAUAAGAAACUGGAGUUUAAGUAUUCUACAAUGAUGCCAUUGCAUCUCAUCAGAAUUGCGCUCAAGGAUUGGCCUGAAAUCCAGAGAUUUCAACAGGAUCUGGUAGACUCCCAGCAUUAUGAUGCCGCAUACAUCUUUAGGAGUCUGCGACUUGCCAGAGCGUUCCAUUUCACAGCAAUGCCAAAGCUAUUAAACUAUCGAACUAAGAAGAAGAUUCAGGAAAAUGAAUUUAAAGAAGAAUUUAAGGACCCAAGUAACAGAGUAAACAGCCUCAUCACUAACGAUGUGUUGGAGGAACUGAUGAAUAUUCAUGACCACUAUCAGAAAAUGAAGUGUGUCAUUUCAGCUGACAAAUCCCAGCCAGACAAGGCGCUGAGCUUGAUAAAAGAUGAAUUUGUAGUUACUCUUAAAGACAUAACUUUGGAACAUCAGGAAUGGCAGCAGAACAGAAUGAAAUUAUUCCUAAAUGCUAAAGAAACUGAUGAAAUAUCAAACAACAAGGAAGAAGAGACUUUGCUAGAAUCAGAGGGUUCUGAAAGAGCAAGUGCAUUGGCUAGAAUCAAAUACAGGUCUUACUCUGCAGUUGUUGAGGCUUCAAAAUCCAGAAGACAUCGUCAAGUAAGAUUAGAAUCUUCUGAAUCAGGAUCAAAGUUUGGGAAAUCUCCAAGCCGAAGUAAAAAAAACAGUAGGAGACCACAGCCAAGGACAAGAGAGUCUUUGGAUAUCAAAGGUAACAUGCAAGUGGCAAAGGGAACUGUUACUCACCAUAUUGGGAUGCCUGUAAUCACAGAAGAGGAGACCUCAGAUGAAGAAGAAGUAUCUCUCCCCAAGAGGAAAAGAAAACGUUAG